AUGUACGAACAGCAGCAGUCUGAUGGUGGAAGUUUCAAUGCGCAACAACAAUCACAACAACAAGCAUUUAACAGGAAUGUGAAUAGUAACAAUAAUCCAACGUUUGGCAAUUUUGUACAUACAUCUGAAAGUAGGCAAAUACCCCUAUCAACAGGACUCCUCCAAACAGACUCACCUCACGACUGGUGUACCGUUGCAAGAGUGAAUACUCAUACAUCACCAGUGAGAAUACUAACAACUCGUUUUCCCAACACACAGAGUACAACUUCUCCCUCGUCGUCAAACGAUGAAUACCUCGUUCAACCUAGUCAGAUUCAAGUCAUCGAUCAACCACAGCAACAACACCCAUUUGUGAGAACUAUGUCAGAAACUUCAUCUAUUUAUGAGCAAUUAAUCUUAACUUCGGAGCAACAGCAAAGGCAGGAGGAACUACUUUAUCAACAGCAAUUAGAGAAAUAUGCUCAAGAAGAAGAACAUUUUCGUCAAAUGCUUGAACAGUAUGAAGAAGAGGGGGCACUGCAAUCUUUUGAAAACCUGCAACAACAAACUCUUCAGUCGGUGAAUGAUCAUGCAAUGACAGACAAUCAACCAAGCCCACACAACUUCUACGGUAUAUCUUCUAAACACUUUUUGCAGUGUCUUCGAUUUAUUAAAACUGAUGAUUACUUUCAAACAGUGCUUGCAAAACAACAACAAGAAUCUCAACGACAAUCAGAAAACAUUAGUCCAAAUACAGUGAAUAAUAACCACAAAGUAAGGGAACAGCAUGAAGACAACAGAAGUGAAAAGAGUACACAAACUAAUAAUCUUCUCUCUAAUAAAUCGCAGGCACAGCUCAAGCAAUCUCCGCCAUUUGUGAAGGAUAGCGAACAGUUGCGAAAAUUACCUCUGCAAAAUCCACACAGGCCCAAUGCAAAGGAACAAAAACCGAUAGAAACGGAGAAAUUUCAGCAACAUCCGAGCCAAGUGGAGCCUAAUAAAAAGGCACUUAUACCUGCUGACAAUCAGGCAACAAGUGUCGCCUCAAAAGUGCCUCUUGUUCAAAUUGCCGACCGCCAACAAAACAAACAGCGGGAGUCGGGUCCAGAUACAGGCGCAUCCAUCGCCGCAAAAACCACACCUUCUAAUCCUGCAAAAUCCAUUCAACAACCAUUUAUUCAGAACGAGAAAGCACCCGAAAAAAAAGAAAAACAACCACCACUAGAGAGGCGGACAGAUAAACUCGCGAACUUAAGUAAUACCAAAAUACCACUUGAUUCCGCACAGAAAAUCCUUGAACAACCGCCGGAAUCUGAGAAACGUCAACGAGAUAUGAUAGAAUCGGAAGCUGUUGAAAGUACCAGCAUCACUACUGAAAAGAUUGAAUUACCUUCCACACAAACAGAAGUUGUCGCUGGUGAUAGACACCAUUACGAGGAUACCAUUGCAAAAACACAUGCCGAUGCCGCCAAGAUUGAAUUACCUUCCACAAAAACAGAAGUUGCCGCUGCUGAUAGACACCAUUACGAGGAUACCAUUGCAAAACCACAGGCCGAUGUCGCUAAGGUGAGGAGAUGGAUGCACCUCUUUCAGGCAAACGAAUGUCUGAUGACUCUGUGGAUCCUACUGGAAAAAGUGGCUACUGGAACUAGGUUUAGCCAAAAGGACUACGAAGCUAGAAAGAUUACCGAAUCCGACACGGCACAUAAGGGCUGAGAUGACUCGAAAUAGUGCACUUGUUUCUACCUUAUCAUCGAGAAUUUUGACUUUUUCUAGGACAAAACCGUAGAUAUGGACAAGUCUGUGAA